CCAUCACACAGCUCCAAACAAGAUGGCAGCUCCUCACUGGACUCUCCUGCUCACAGUGUGUGUUGCUAGCUUCUUUACGGCCCAUGCCAACAAGAACGCCCCCGUUGGCCAGUUCUUUGUGUACGAGCUUCAGAAAGAGGUCCACCAGGCCGACUUCAACCCUGUGAGCAAAAUCUACGGGCAGGUUCCCGAUGACCCCAUCGUGUUCAAGUGUAAUAAGCAGUUCUCCCCUGACCUGCCGGCAUGGAUACGCUACACACAGAGGCAUCCCCAUGACAACGGCUUCCUGUACGGAACGCCCAUGGAGGAGGACAGGGGCAAAAACAUCAUUGAGAUAACUGUGAUUAACCGACGGACUUACGAAACCUUUCAGGAAACCGUCAUCAUUAAUGUGGUUCCACGAGCCAAGCUGAUGCCCUUCCAGGUGGAGUUCUUCAUCCCGCGCAGGGACAUUGAGAAGGUGCUGCCCCCCACUGUUCAGUACGACAUACUGCAGGACGUGCAGAAGAUGUGGGGAGCGGACGACCUGGAGUUCGUCAACAUCACAUCUGCGCUGGACCGUGGCGGACGAGUGCCUCUGCCCAUCGCCGGAUAUUUUGAGGGUGUGUAUGUGAAGCUGGGCUCCGAGCGCUAUUUCUCCAAGUGCCUGCAGGAGGUGCUGACUCCCCUGCACGCGCGCGCGUGUGAGGCGGCCAGGCAGUCCGGCCGGCCGUACGUCAAGGUGACCACCGACUGCAGCGGCGGCUGCCUGGUGCCUAGCAACUGCGUGGAGUGGUGCCGCACCAGCCUGCUUGACUUGUCCAAACCUGAGCCCCCCCCUCCUGUCCCCACCAUGGGCUCUGGUAUCCUGGAGACGGGUGGGGAGUUCGACCCCCCCGAGUCCCUCCCUCCCCGUGACUUCUUCCCCGACUACGUUGCCACGGUGAUCUUCCCCUUUGUGCUGGCUCUGAUCCUGUUCCUUCUUCUGGCCUACGUCAUGUGCUGCAGGAGGGAGGGCCUUGAGAAGAGAGAUGCCAUGACACCUGAACUGCAGCUGCACCAUCACCACACCAUCAUCGGUAAUGCUGACGAGUUGCGUGGUAUGGCGGGCACCAGAGAGGGCGUGCCCCCGCCCCUCUCCACGCUGCCCAUGUUCAACCGGCGCACCGGCGAGCACCCCCCACCCCUGCAGCGUGCCUACCAGCCCGACAGUAUCCCCCUCAUCAUGGCCCAGCAGUGA